AUGGGUCUAAAUAUGACAAUAGAUUUGGGUGUGCAAAAAUUGAUUGUGUUGGGAGAUUCUGAUUUGCUUAUUAGGCAAGCUCAGGGCGAAUGGAAAACUCGAGACCUCAAGCUUCUUCCCUACAAACAAUGUGUGGAAGAUCUUAGCAAAAGGUUUAGGUCCAUCGAGUUUAGAUACAUCCCCAGAUUUCAUAAUGAAUUGGCAGAUGCUUUGGCUACUUUUGCCUCAAUGCUUCCAUAUCCUGAAAACACUUGUAUUACUCCCUUGGAGAUUCAACUUCGGGACCAACAUGGUUAUUGUAACACUGUGGAAGCAGAAUCAGAUGGUGAGCCGUGGUACCUAGACAUCAGGAAUUUCUUGCAAACAGGGAAAUGCCCCGAACAUGCCAAUGGAAGCCAAAAAAGAACUAUUAGACGUUUGGCUAGUGGUUUCUUUUUUAGCGGGGAAAUUUUAUAUAAACGCACCCCAGAUUUGAACUUAUUGAGAUGUGUGGAUGUUAAAGAAGCCGAGAAGAUCAUGAAUGAAGUACAUGCUGGGGUAUGUCGACCACACAUGAAUGGAUAUGUCCUUACGAAAAAGAUACUCUGA